GUCCACUUCCAUAGCAACGUGGAGUACCUGUAGUCGCACUGAGAGGUUUGUGGCUGCCUGAGUAUGUUCAAGUUUGACUUUCUCAGUAGCCAGUCUAAAAAUACUGUCUGACAUUUGUAUUUUUAAGGGAAGGCAUGUGUGGCGUAAUCUCAACAGACUUUCCCCGUCUUUCUGUGAGCAGUUUUGAGAGCUCUCUGGCCUCUGAUGAUGUGUUGGCUCACUACUUCAAUGAUUUCCUAAGUCUGCCGUCUUUCCCAGAGGCUUUGCUCUACAACCAGGAGACGGGGCUGUUUGAGGUGGCGAGUGGAGCAGCAGAGUGUGUCUCCACAGCAAUCCGAUCAGUCCUUUGCAACAGCAAAUCACAGCUCCUCACUGGUGACCCCACACUGCUGGCCAGAAUGCCUCCAAUAGACAAUCAUUACACUGUCUGUUGCCUGGACAGAGAGCAAGGAAUGCAGUGGAUCAAAAGGGAAAGAUUGCCCUUUUUCCUUCAAAGUAAUUGCUAUUAUGAAUACAGACUAGCCAAGCUGUUGCUUCAGUGGGACCCAAACCUGUGUAUCCACAGAAGGAAAAGCAGUUCAGUUCGGACCACCCUCUCAGCCCCUCAGCUGCGUUGUUCCUUAAAGAAAGGGUUUAUGAGCAUGCACAGCGUUACACAUCUAACAUCUCUGCAAAAGGAACAUAUUAUUCAAAAAAGUAGUGACUCAUCAAGAUCUUACUCCAGCUGGUCUGAGCGAGAAAACGUGUGUUCCUUUUCCCCUUCGUCCUCAUCAGGUUUCUCCUCUGCUCACUUUAAAAAUGGGGAAAUUCAGGAACUUAAGAACUCACAAAGAGAGUUGAGCCUCUGCUUCUCUGGGCUGUCAGCAAACGCCCAUAAAGAGACAUGCCUCAACGAGACCAGUAGCCAGGUAUCUCAUUCUCCUCAACAGCUGGAGUACCUGGCUGUCCAAGUGACUGAGCAGAUGCUUAAAGACGCAGUGGAUGUAAUGGAUGGUCAGACGCAGGCACACACUUUCGAGUGUUUCAACAAGCCAGGAGCCACAGAUAGAUCCUGUGAAUGUAAAGUUAUCCAACAUUCCAACAGAGAAGGGAUGGAGGGGGAGAAAGAGGGAAGUAAAAGUGGCAAGAGGGGGUGUGAAUGUGAUAAGAAGGAUUGGGAGGUGGGGAGCGGAGGUGCAAACCAGGAAGAUGUCCUUUAUAUUUGUUGCCAUGGUACCAGUUGCUAUAGCAGUAGGCCAGUCUUGGAUGAGUUUAGGGAGUUUUUACAAGGAACGCCAGGAGAGAAACUCCUUAAUCUCUGGAUGGAUAUAGAGAGACUGAAGGCUACACGGGACAAAGAGCGGAAGAACAGGUAUUUGGUUCUCAUGAGAGGCUGCUACCUGUUGAGCAGCAGUCAGUUCAGCCUGAAUAUAGAGCUCCUCUCCAGACUGGGACUGACUACUUCCCCCUGCUGGACAGAGGAGAAACUGUGCUCAGUUCAGGCCUGCCUCACUGAGUCUCUGCUCCACUAUUGGGCUCCUCGUUUCGGGACAUCUCGGUGCAGGCAGGAAGAUCAGACUAACUCCCCUAAUGUGGAGCUAGGGACAGAGUUGUGUUACAGCCUUCUUUUGGGCUCACAGCUCAGCUGUUACUCAACAACUACUACUUUCCCACGAACUGACACCUGCUUACCCCAAUCUUCCCAUACUUUCCGUGCACAGCUGCUGUCGAGCAGAGGUCGAUUACAGUGCAGCAGAAUAAUGGAAAAGAUGCUGCAGGCUCUUUGUGUUGAGUCCCAUGCUGGCUUAUACUUCACACACUUCUGUGAACAGUCUGGAAACCAGCUGUGGGUGAAUGCAGUUUACUUCUGGACUGACCUGCAGUACUACCAUGAGCUGUUCUACCAGGACGGACUGGAUCCCUACAGAGUGCAGAGAGAGGCACAGCUCCUUUACUCCACAUAUGUUUCCAGCUCCGCUAAGAGGAGCAUUGGUAUAGACGAGGAGUUGAGAGCGGAGGUGUAUGCCAGACUGAUGCCCGCAUUUGAGGAGCUGUUUGACAGCGUUGAGGAACACACGCUGAACAUCCUGGUAGACCCAUGGACCCUGAUGGCCGACAGGGACGGAGAGUCCUUCCAGCAGGUGUGUGUGCAGGAGGAGGUGCGCUACGUUGACAGCCAGGAAUACAGAGAACUCCGGAGUCUGUAUGAGGAAUCACAGCUGCACAUGAAACGGGCGGAGCAGUGCAGCUCCAUGCUACCUGGUCCAUUUAUUACACCUUCUACACGCUUCUUAAAGGAUUCCCGUACUUCUGACUCUUGGUCCAGUGUGUCUCCAAAUUACCGUGGUUACCGUUUAGGUUCCUUACUCUGUCACCGCCAUGAGAUCGGGCAUUUCAUGUCUUUUCUACAAAAUCAGAAUGCCAGUAUUCAUCUGAUGUGUUGGCUGGACCUGGAGCAGUACAGGAGGACUCCUCAGGAGGAGAAGGCCAUCAGACAGGAGAGGUCAAUGUGCAUUGCUGCCAGAUACCUCAACAGGAAGUACUUCUUUGCCUCUGACAGCCCUGCCACAGCAGAACAACAGAGUGAUAUACUGCGUUUGGCAGGUGGGGCUGAGCGUCUGAAGUUAGAGUGCCUCUCAAACCCAGUCGUCGUGGAGAUCCAGGACAUCGUGAGGACUCAUAUUGAGACAACAUGGCUGCCUCUGUUUCUGUCCACAGCAGAGUUCACUGAGCGACAGAAACACAGAGUGAAGGCACAGGCGGGAGGCAGGCUCUCACAGCACGUCCGCCAUCGACGCAGGGCGAGGAGAGAAGCCUGGAAGGCUGAGGGCUUGUGGAUGAGUUCCUCCAAAGAGAUCUUGCUGUUCCGACAAAUCCUGCUCAACCCCGUCACCUGCCAGCAGUUCCAGGACUUUGUCUACUCGAAGGGAGGCUUCCUGGAGAAUGAUGUGCUCUUUUGGUUGGAGGUGCAGAGGUACAAGGACCUCUGUCAUUCCCACAGUGAUGAUGCCACCAUCGAGCAAAAAGUCUCCACUAUCAUCGGCUGUUUUAUCAGCUCCUCCAUGCCCCCUGCCCUGCAGAUAGAUAUCCCUCCUGAACAGGCCCAGCACAUUCUGGAGAAACGCCACGAGCUGGGCCCUUACAUCUUUCGAGAGGCUCAGAUUUCAGUGUUCAAUGAAUUACUGAAGUUUUGGCCCGAGUUUCAAGAGCUUAGCAGCAGCAUUCAAGAGGAGCAACUCAUUCCUCUGCUGCAGGAGAAACGAGUCAAAUACAGAGACAGAGUAAGGAGACAGAGGAGGAAAGAGGAAGAGGAAGAGAACAACAAUGAAAGGAGGGAAGCCCAGGAUGUGAUGGAGAGGCAAGAUCCCAGUUUUACAGAUGAUGAUGAGGAGAAGGACAAGGAUGAUGAUGAAGAACAAGAGGAAAGAAGUGAAAAAAAGCAGUCGAGGACACAGAGCAGGGUAUUGCUGACGCCCACGCAGACGCUGUCAUGGUCCUACUCCAAGUAUGUGGCAGGUCUGAAGAGAGAGGAGGUGCUGCUGAGGAGACAGAGCCGAUUGGAAAGCACCUUCUCCACAGCCUCAGACUCCUCUUCUAACUGCAGCAUUAAGUCAGCGAGCAGUAAGCACAGCUACCGGCAGCCUUCGCAGCGCUCCUCUAGAACAAACAGCAAACAGUGUAACAGAUACAACAGUGGUGUUAGAGCCUGAAAUGACUUCAUGCAGCACAACUUUGACAGGUGACGCUGUCAUCGGAGCACUCGGAGGCUACUGCGACCUCGAUGACGAAGCAGAAGUUGGAGGCAGGCUUCACACGCUGCAAGAAUGCGUGAC